AUGCCGUACAGAGUGGCGACCGGCUAUAGUGAAAAAAGUACCAACGAUGAGUUGAUAUGGAGAAGGCCAAUAGUGAAAGAGGAACUCGAGAAUGGUGACAAUUUCUUAAUGGAUGAUGCUAAGUCAUAUGAUAAAGUCAAGAACGAGAACGCAGUAUCACACCUAGAUACCAUAGUUAUGCCCAUCAUUUUCACUGCACUAGGUAUGUUCACUAGAAUGUAUAAGAUUGGUCGUAAUAAUCAUGUGGUUUGGGAUGAGGCUCAUUUUGGUAAGUUCGGUUCCUACUACCUGAGACACGAAUUCUACCAUGAUGUUCAUCCACCCCUAGGUAAAAUGCUUGUUGGACUAUCUGGUUACUUGGCUGGCUACAAUGGUUCUUGGGACUUCCCCUCUGGUGAAGUUUAUCCCGACUAUAUCGAUUACGUCAAAAUGAGAUUAUUCCAGGCAAUGUUUUCAUCGCUGUGCGUACCACUGGCCUAUUUCACAGGGAGGGCUAUCGGAUUUUCUAGGCUGAGUGUUUGGCUAUUUACAAUUCUAGUUAUUUUUGAGAAUUCCUACGCAACAUUGGGUAAAUUCAUUCUCCUAGAUUCAAUGUUGCUUUUCUUUACUGUCUCUUCUUACUUUUGUCUUGCCAAAUUCCAUACCAUGAGGAAGUCUUCCUUUUCGGUUAAAUGGUGGCUAUGGUUAUGCCUCACCGGGUUAAAUUUGGGUUGUGCAAUAUCUGUGAAAAUGGUAGGUCUUUUCAUCAUCAGCGUAGUAGGCAUUUACACCAUCAGCGAACUAUGGAAUCUCCUAAGUGAUAAAUCGGUAUCUUGGAAGGUUUAUGUCAACCAUUGGCUGGCAAGAAUAUUUGGGCUUAUCAUUAUUCCUGUUUGCGUUUUUUUACUAUGUUUUAAAAUUCAUUUCGAUUUACUGUCCAACUCAGGGCCUGGGGACUCUACCAUGCCAUCAUUAUUCCAGGCUAGUCUGAACGGUACAAAAGUGGGUAAGGGACCACGUGAUGUUGCCUUGGGGUCUUCUAUUAUUUCCAUCAAAAACCAAGCAUUAGGAGGCGCUUUAUUGCAUUCUCAUGUUCAACCGUUUCCAGAAGGUUCUGGGCAGCAACAAGUGACUGUCUAUGGUUACAGUGAUGCCAACAAUGAAUGGUUCUUUCAAAGAAUUAGGGGAUUCGAACCCUGGACUGAUGCUGAGAACAAGACAAUCGAAUUUGUCAAGGGCGGCGAAAUGUAUAGGUUAAUGCAUCGCGUUACAGGCAAGAAUCUACACACCCAUGAGGUUCCAGCUCCCAUAUCGAAAAGCGAAUAUGAAGUGUCUGCUUAUGGAGAUGUUGACCUAGGUGACUACAAAGAUAACUGGAUUAUAGAAAUCGUUGAACAAGUGGGGAAAGAAGAUCCAACAUUGUUACAUCCUCUUUCCACGUCUUUCCGUAUCAAAAAUUCUAUACUGGGCUGCUAUUUAGCUCAGUCAGGUAAUCAUUUGCCAGAGUGGGGUUUUAGACAAGGAGAAGUUGUCUGUUUAAAACAUGCCUCCAAAAGGGAUAAGAGAACCUGGUGGAAUAUCGAAACACAUGAAAAUGAAAGGUUACCAGAGGAAGAAAAUUUUGUGUAUCCAAAGACUUCAUUCUUCAGGAAUUUCAUGCAGUUAAAUUCAGCAAUGAUGGCAACCAACAAUGCUUUGGUACCAAACCCUGAAAAGUUUGAUGGUAUAACUUCAUCUGCUUGGCAAUGGCCAACUCUAAACGUCGGAGUAAGAUUAUGCGAGUGGAGUGAAAAAUCUGUAAAAUACUUUUUAUUAGGAUCUCCUGCGUCCGUCUGGCCUUCAAGCAUCGCUGUUUGUGCACUGAUAGUACACGUUAUAUUUUUAACUCUGAAAUGGCAGAGACAACAUGUUGUUCUAUCCGAUCCUGUUGAACGUGACGUAUUCUUUAUGGCAGCAUUUUAUCCGUUGCUGGCUUGGCUUUUACAUUAUAUGCCAUUUGUAGUCAUGUCAAGAGUUGUAUACGCUCACCACUAUCUACCCACCCUUUAUUUUGCCUUAAUGAUUUUGUCAUAUUACUUCGAUAUGUUUACCAAACGUUGGGCUACAAGAAGUACCGGCAAAUUACUAAGGCUGGGCGCUUAUAUUGCAUAUGGAUCACUCGUAAUUGCUGGAUUUUUCUAUUUCUCUCCGUUUAGUUUUGGGAUGGAUGGUCCAGUAGAAGAUUACGCGUACUUGGCAUGGCUACCUACGUGGCAAAUUGUUGAAGACAUACGUAACAGAUAG